AUGACUGGGCUCGGAGUGAUGGUGGUGAUGGUCGGCUUCCUGGCCAUCGCCUCUCUACAAUCCGAGUCCCGGCCAUGCGACACCCCAGAAUUGGGCUUCCAGUGUGGUACGGCCAUUUCCCACUUCUGGGGCCAGUACUCGCCCUACUUCUCCGUGCCCUCGGAGCUGGAUGCUUCGAUCCCCGACGACUGCGAGGUGACGUUUGCCCAAGUCCUCUCCCGCCACGGCGCGAGGGCGCCGACGCUCAAACGGGCCGCGAGCUACGUCGACCUCAUCGACAGGAUCCACCAUGGCGCCAUCUCCUACGGCCCGGGCUACGAGUUCCUCAGGACGUAUGACUACACCCUGGGCGCCGACGAGCUCACCCGGACGGGCCAGCAGCAGAUGGUCAACUCGGGCAUCAAGUUUUACCGCCGGUACCGCGCUCUUGCCCGCAACUCGAUCCCCUUCGUCCGCACCGCCGGCCAGGACCGCGUCGUCCACUCGGCCGAGAACUUCACCCAGGGCUUCCACUCGGCCCUGCUCGCCGACCGCGGGUCCACCGUGCGGCCCACCCUCCCCUACGACAUGGUCGUCAUCCCGGAAACCGCCGGCGCCAACAACACGCUCCACAACGACCUCUGCACCGCCUUCGAGGAAGGCCCGUACUCGACCAUCGGCGACGACGCCCAAGACACCUACCUCUCCACCUUCGCCGGACCCAUCACCGCCCGGGUCAACGCCAACCUGCCGGGCGCCAACCUGACCGACGCCGACACGGUCGCGCUGAUGGACCUCUGCCCCUUCGAGACGGUCGCCUCCUCCUCGUAUUACUCCUCCUCCUCCUCCUCCUCCGACCGGGCAACGGCGGACGCGGGGGGCGGCAACGGGCGGCCGCUGUCGCCCUUCUGCCGCCUGUUCAGCGAGUCCGAGUGGCGCGCGUACGACUACCUGCAGUCGGUGGGCAAGUGGUACGGGUACGGGCCGGGCAACCCGCUGGGGCCGACGCAGGGGGUCGGGUUCGUCAACGAGCUGCUGGCGCGGCUGGCCGGGGUCCCCGUGCGCGACGGCACCAGCACCAACCGCACCCUCGACGGCGACCCGCGCACCUUCCCGCUCGGCCGGCCCCUCUACGCCGACUUCAGCCACGACAACGACAUGAUGGGCGUCCUCGGCGCCCUCGGCGCCUACGACGGCGUCCCGCCCCUCGACAAGACCGCCCGCCGCGACCCGGAGGAGCUCGGCGGGUACGCGGCCAGCUGGGCCGUCCCGUUCGCCGCCAGGAUCUACGUCGAGAAGAUGCGGUGCAGCGGCGGCGGCGGCGGCGGAGGCGGCGGCGAGGGGUGGCAGGAGAAAGAUGAGGAGAUGGUCAGGGUGCUGGUGAACGACCGGGUGAUGGCGCUGAAGGGGUGCGGCGCCGACGAGAGGGGGAUGUGUACGCUAGAACGGUUCAUCGAGAGCAUGGCGUUUGCGAGGGGGAACGGCAAGUGGGAUCUCUGCUUUGCUUGA